AUGGCUACACUUGAUGAUAACUGGCAGACAAAACGUUCAACUAUCAGCGAGAGAACCAAAUUUGUUUUCAAUAACGAAUUAUUAAGUGAUGUGAAGUUCGUAGUUCCUGCCUCGCAUAACGAAAGUAAAAGGAGGAAGAGUCAAAAGUGCAUUCCAGCUCACAAGUUUAUACUGGCAAUCAGCAGUCCUGUUUUCUAUGCCAUGUACUACGGUGAAAUGGCGGAGACUGCAGGCACUAUUCAAUUGCCUGACUGUGAUUAUGAGAGUCUCUUAGAGUUGUUUCGUUUUCUGUACAGCGAUGAAGUGAACUUGAGCGGAAGUAAUGUUAUGCAAGUUCCCUACUUAGCAAAGAAAUAUCUGGUACCUUUACUCGCCGAUAAGUGCACUAAAUAUCUUCAGGAACAUCUAGCGGCGUCGAAUGUGUUCUCUGUUCUGUCACAAGCUCAGAAAUUUGAGGAUAAAGAUUUGGAAGAACGGUGCUGGGAAGUAAUUGAGGCGCAAACCGAGAAUGCUCUGACUUCUGAAGAAUUUGUCACCCUUGAGAGAUCUGUAGUUGAGUCUGUCGUGAAAAGGGAGAGAUUGAAUGUAAAGGAAGUGGAUUUAUUUAAAGCUGUUGAUCGCUGGGCCACUAAAGAAGUGGAAAGGCAAGGGCUGACCGCUGAUGGCGUGGUCAAAAGAAGGAUUCUUGGAGAGGAAAUUGUGAAAGCGAUAAGGUUUCCAGUGAUGUCGCAGAAGGAGUUUUCUUCGGUUUUGGAUUAUGAAAUUCUGACUAAAAAACAGAUUGUUUUUAUGGUGAAACACUACGGUGGUGGUGGUUUAGAGGCAUCUUUUUCAUUUGUGCAUUCCCCUAGACAGCGUGGGCUUUUGCAUCGAAUUUACAGAGUUACAGAAGUAAGCACGCCCAAAAUGCCUAAUGGUGCCUGGCACUACUAUCGUGGUAAUCCUGAUGCCCUCAAUCUAACUGUCAGCAAAGCUAUUACCUUACACGGAGUACAGCAUUUUGGUAGUGAAAGUGGCGAAUACAAAGUUUCAGUAGGAGUGAAAGAUGUGGCAAAUAGCGGUAUUUCUCUGGUAAAACAAACAGGCAUGUAUUCCUCCGAGAAAGAUGAGACAAAUGGUUUCUAUGGAUUUGAUGUCAUGUUUGAUCACCCUGUUUGCCUUGAGCAGGGUAAAACGUACGAGAUUGUAUCUCUUAUCAGAGGCCCAUUAUCGUGCAGUGUGACUAAUGGAAAAGAAUCUGAUGAGGUUCAAGGAAUCCAGUUUUCAUUUAUCUCUUCAGGUUCUUCUAAGAAUGGAACUAAUGUCAAAACUGGCCAGUUUCCUUCAUUUAUUUUCAGCACAAUGUAGUUUAAUUCUUAAAUAAUGAUAUUGCAUUUGUUGAUCAUCGUAAGUGGUAGACUGCAAAAUGUUUUAUUUAGGAAAAUGCCUAAUCUAACAAGCCAGAGUCUAUUAAGGAGAUACCUGUUUUCUCUACCAAUACCUCAUUAACUUCCAGACUACGACCUAUCAGGACCUGUGCUUAGGCUGAAUGCUAGCGAUGACUGGAAUGAUUUGCCAAGCCAAAUGAAAAUCACGGGACGAAGUAACGGAUUUACCGAGCCUCAAAGGCGCAGUCCAAUGCGCGAUAAAGACCACCCUUUGCACACCUUUGACGCGCGACAAAAAACUGUCUUUGACGUCGUCUUCAGGCGGGUCUUCCGGCGAUAAAGGCCGUUUUUUUUUACGCCUUUGACCCUUACCUUUGGCGCGCGUGAAAGGUGUUAUUUGAUUAGCCUUGUACCCCUAUCAAAGGUGUCGUCUGAGAUUCGAGUCAAAGGUUUGAAAAAGGUGCGGUAAAGUAAUGUCUGAGAUUCAAGUCAAAGGCUUGCUAAAAGUGUCGCCAAAUGGCUAAGCGCACGGUCUUGGUGAUCACAGCCGUAACAAAAUAGAUCAAAUUUUGUCAUCGUGCAUCGUGAAGCCGAAAAUCGUGCAACGAGCUAAAUCCAUUGAAAGUACAUAGAUUGUGGCUUUAUCUUGCAUUUUUCGAGCAUUGACGUACCGUGCCUUAAUUGAGCGUCAGGUCGUACCUUUGUAUGUCGAGCCUAUUGAUUAUCGUGCUUUCAUGGAGCUGUUAUCAUGUGCAAAAAGCUAGCGCAGCAAAAAGUUGAGCAAAUCUCCUCUCUUGCAAGUAAAAAAUGCACCGGUAAAACAUAGUUACAAAUAUGAAAAUUACGUAGAAGUACGUUGAGAAAAUACUCAGAUCAGUUGUCGCUUUGAGGGAAAGUGAAAAGAUCAAGCGAAAAACUUCAUGAAACUUGCGUUGGAGGACCAGUAGACCUGCACCUUUCUAAACCUCUCAUUUCACUGGUCCCCUUGUUUUCAGAGAUAGGGGCAUUGUUACGUGACAAUCCCUAUUGUUUUCUCAGCUAGUCACAAACAAUCUUUCAAAUAGGUGCGGGAUCACGGAGGACUUCAUCCUUGUUUUCUUCGAGACGGAGAUCUCAGUAGAAUAACCGAGUGAGCGCAUUAAGCCCUGUAUUUAAGGUACAUUUUGUACAUUGUAGUAGAGAAAAUUAUGUUCUAAAAGGAANUCGUGGAGUGUGACUAAUGGAAAAGAAUCUGAUGAGGUUCAAGGAAUCCAGUUUUCAUUUAUCUCUUCAGGUUCUUCUAAGAAUGGAACUAAUGUCAAAACUGGCCAGUUUCCUUCAUUUAUUUUCAGCACAAUGUAGUUUAAUUCUUAAAUAAUGAUAUUGCAUUUGUUGAUCAUCGUAAGUGGUAGACUGCAAAAUGUUUUAUUUAGGAAAAUGCCUAAUCUAACAAGCCAGAGUCUAUUAAGGAGAUACCUGUUUUCUCUACCAAUACCUCAUUAACUUCCAGACUACGACCUAUCAGGACCUGUGCUUAGGCUGAAUGCUAGCGAUGACUGGAAUGAUUUGCCAAGCCAAAUGAAAAUCACGGGACGAAGUAACGGAUUUACCGAGCCUCAAAGGCGCAGUCCAAUGCGCGAUAAAGACCACCCUUUGCACACCUUUGACGCGCGACAAAAAACUGUCUUUGACGUCGUCUUCAGGCGGGUCUUCCGGCGAUAAAGGCCGUUUUUUUUUACGCCUUUGACCCUUACCUUUGGCGCGCGUGAAAGGUGUUAUUUGAUUAGCCUUGUACCCCUAUCAAAGGUGUCGUCUGAGAUUCGAGUCAAAGGUUUGAAAAAGGUGCGGUAAAGUAAUGUCUGAGAUUCAAGUCAAAGGCUUGCUAAAAGUGUCGCCAAAUGGCUAAGCGCACGGUCUUGGUGAUCACAGCCGUAACAAAAUAGAUCAAAUUUUGUCAUCGUGCAUCGUGAAGCCGAAAAUCGUGCAACGAGCUAAAUCCAUUGAAAGUACAUAGAUUGUGGCUUUAUCUUGCAUUUUUCGAGCAUUGACGUACCGUGCCUUAAUUGAGCGUCAGGUCGUACCUUUGUAUGUCGAGCCUAUUGAUUAUCGUGCUUUCAUGGAGCUGUUAUCAUGUGCAAAAAGCUAGCGCAGCAAAAAGUUGAGCAAAUCUCCUCUCUUGCAAGUAAAAAAUGCACCGGUAAAACAUAGUUACAAAUAUGAAAAUUACGUAGAAGUACGUUGAGAAAAUACUCAGAUCAGUUGUCGCUUUGAGGGAAAGUGAAAAGAUCAAGCGAAAAACUUCAUGAAACUUGCGUUGGAGGACCAGUAGACCUGCACCUUUCUAAACCUCUCAUUUCACUGGUCCCCUUGUUUUCAGAGAUAGGGGCAUUGUUACGUGACAAUCCCUAUUGUUUUCUCAGCUAGUCACAAACAAUCUUUCAAAUAGGUGCGGGAUCACGGAGGACUUCAUCCUUGUUUUCUUCGAGACGGAGAUCUCAGUAGAAUAACCGAGUGAGCGCAUUAAGCCCUGUAUUUAAGGUACAUUUUGUACAUUGUAGUAGAGAAAAUUAUGUUCUAAAAGGAAAAAUGUAUCAGUUACAAUUGUGUUAGUGACUUUUCAGUCAAGUUGAUGUUAAAUUCAAGCUAAUAAAAUUAUAUAGAUUUAGCCAGGGCUAAAAGCGAAGCUCACGAUAAUAUUUAUAGUUUGCUCAAACAAAAUAUAAAAUCAUGUAAUGCUAAGCGGCGAAUGGGUCAAAUUAGCAAAAAAAGCAACUUUGCACGUGCAGCACACAUUUUUUGAACAUUUGUUUGCCGUUGUUAUGCACGACUACAACAUGAAACUUUCAGAAACUUCCACGUUUUAUGGACGGAGGAAAUGUCGAACGUGUUCUUGUUCACUUUCUUUUUUACUCGCGCUCAUUUUCACCUUGGUGGCCGCUAGCAUUUCUCAUUUUCUCACCUGCGCUACAAAAUUUUCAUGUUGUUCUUCCAACAGAAAAUGUCUCCUUUGUUAUUUUUCUCUCGCUCUAGCUCACUGCCGCUCAUUUUCUCGUUGAGCUUCGCUGGCCUGUCGCCUACUUUCUCUUUUUUCUAUUUUCCAAAUUAAAUUUGUGGACAUGACAAUUAAUCUAAGCUUAAUACCUUAGACAACAGGGAUACAGAAACAAUUUCCGGUUUCCGUUUUCGUCUUUAUUGAGUCUUUAGUUGUCUCCGCUUCACAAGAGGCGGCUGGCUAUGCGAUUUCCCGCCAAAAUAACCUCGAGUUGUAUUUGCUUUGCCAAUUGACAUACCUGUUCAUUGAGUUGUUUUACGUUGGUAUGCCUGUGAUGCGGACGGACGGGCGUACGGUCAUGUGAUUACCAAAAUUUCUCGGAUGGGUAUAUCACCAUAUUUUCUUAGGUAUUGGACUACACUCCGUGCGAGCGUGGAGCUCCGCUAUAUUUUAGGAAACGCGCUCAGAUUCAAGACAGCUUUGUAGUGUCUGGUCUUAUUUUAGUUGAGGGUACGGACAAAUGACGCACGAAUUGUAGGGCGAAUUUCAUUUGAUGAGUACAGAAACAUUUGGUGAGUAAUUAAUAGACAAAGACCAGACAGUCCGCCACCACAACAAGGUGGCCUUCAGCCAAUUAGCGGACUAACAGGUUUACGUGUAUACCCUCUUCUAUUCAAAGUCGUGUAAUAUUCAUUACCCCGUGCGAUGAUGUAUUAGGCAUUAUAAUUUAUAAACCUAAAUAAUAUAUGCAAAGUUGUCAGUACGAAAAAAGUCUCAGUGAAAAGGGUCAGCCCUCCCUCCCUCCCUUUCUUGGACAUAAUUAGAACUCGGAGUCCUAUGUCGUGUUCCUCGACAGGGAUCUCGUCCCAUACCUUAAUGCUAAUUAGUCAGAGAAAGGGAUAAUGAAAUAUUUCAGACCAAAAUCUGUGAUUUUCCCUAUCCUAUUUCAGACCUGACAAGCUGUUACGGAAAGUACACGGUUGGCGUAAACAUUAAAAGGGAAAUAGUUAUAUCGCCUAAUGAUAAAGAAGUAACUUCUUUCAAAAAACAUACCCAAUUCAAGACUAGGGUGCACAAACCAUACCCUAUUUCAGACCAAAAUGGUCAAAAUUGAUACAGUCUAAAACGGCUAAAAAACCAUACCAAUUGGCGCAGCACAUACCUAUAUAGCCUAUAUAAGGGAGUACCCCCACCCCUGGGAUAAGAUCUUAUGUUUGUUAUAUUUGUCCACCACUCCACCAAAGCUAUCUAUGAUGUUAGUAUGAACUUAUUCUGUUGAGCCCCUUCCGUUGACAUUUUUAACAUUUUGCCCGGUUUUCUCUGACAACCACUCUUAAGAACUAGUGGGACAGGAACGCGUGUCGAACCCCUAAGAACGUCUGCGUUGGAGGCUAACCAUUAGAGGGCUUCUAUGAAGAACUUUCAGUGACAACAUGGAACUACAAAUUAAUAUCGUAACUUGAACGAAUCUAAUCUUCGACUUUCAAAAAGAAGAUGAGAAAAUGUUUCUGGACCUCUGCUUCUUGUAACAGACCUCCUGUUGCUUGAUUCUUGUAAACGACCUCCUUCCACCAUAAGCGACCACUAUAUUAAAAUCUUCCCGUACAGGGCAGUCGCUUAUCUAAGGUUGUUUUGAUAUCAACAAAAAAACCAUUUGAAGACUAAAAACAACCCUUCCUUCUGAUCUAUACAGGAGCACUGGCAGCUGUAGGUGGUGCAUUAGCAGAAGCAGAUGGAAUCAUGUGUAUCAUUAAUGCUGCCACUGCAGAGAUCCCUCAAGAGAGAUGCACUACAUGUAAGAGUCUCGUUCCAUUUCUUGCACGGGCAAAUCUGAAAAUCCUGUCCCUCGGUAAUUCUUUGCUCUGAAACCAAACGGAAACGCUUGCUAUGGAGGCUAAGUAACAGUCGACUGCCAGAAUUAUAGCUGGUUUAUAUCUAUGACUUAUAUAGUCAACCACCACCAGGGGACCAGGGGACCCCUUAUGUAUCCAGCUCAUGAAAUAAGGUGUGGUUGGACGAUGGUGGUGGCUUUAAUUUUGAAGUUGCUCAAACUUCAAAUGCUGCUGAAAAGUUGCCGUGCACAUUUUAUGUACAUGCCUACCUUAUCUUUUUUAUCCGUUACUAAUCAUAGGUGUGAUAAAGAUGUUAUUUUGAACACGAAAUAACUGGUUUGUCUGGUCUGGCCCUAUUUGUUACUCUUUGCUCGAAAAAGACGGUAAUUCAAACAAAGAAUGGGCUACCUGUGCCAAAACCGAGAAGAACCUGGGUACUAGAUUGAGAAACGUAGCCGUACUCGAGAGGACGGGAAGGUUGACGACAGUUCAAGCUACGUAUACCUUGUAAUCAGAAAGCUGCAAUCACUGCAAUGGCUACUCUUGAUGAUAACUGGCAGACAAAACGCUCAACUAUCAGCGAAAGAACCAAAUUUAUUUUCAAUAACGAGUUAUUAAGCGAUGUGAAGUUCGUAGUUCCUGCGUCGCAUAACGAAAGUGAAAACCGGAAGAGUCAGAAGUGCAUUCCAGCUCACAAGUUUAUACUUGCAAUCAGCAGUCCUGUUUUCUAUGCCAUGUUCUACGGUGAAAUGGCGGAGACUUCAGGAACUGUUCAAUUGCCUGACUGUGAUUAUGAGAGUCUCUUAGAGUUUUUUCGUUUUCUGUACAGCGAUGAAGUGAACUUGAGCGGAAGUAAUGUCAUGCAAGUUCUCUACUUGGCAAAAAAGUAUCUGGUACCUUCACUCGCAGACAAGUGCACUGAAUAUCUCCAAGAACAUCUAGAGGCAUCGAAUGUGUUCUCCGUCCUGCCGCAAGCUCAGAAAUUUGAGGAUAAAGAUUUGGAAGAACGGUGCUGGGAAGUUAUAGAGACGCACACCGAGAAUGCUCUGACGUCGGAAGAAUUUGUCACGCUUGAGAAAUCUGUUGUUGAGUCUGUGGUGAAAAGAGAGAGAUUAAAUGUAAAGGAAGUGGAUUUAUUCAAGGCUGUUGAUCGCUGGGCCACCAAAGAAGUGGAAAAGCAAGGGCUGACCACUGAUGGCGUGGUCAAAAGAAGGAUUCUUGGCGAGGAAAUUGUUAAAGCAAUACGGUUUCCAGUGAUGUCGCAGAAGGUGUUUGCCUCGGUUGUUGUGGAUUGUGAUAUUCUGACUAGAAAAGAGAUUGGUUUGAUGAUGAAACACUACAGUGGUUUCGGUUUAGAGUCGUCUUUACCAUUCAUGAAUUCCAUUAGAGUUGGUCUUUUGCAUCGAGUUUACAGAUUUAAAAAGCCUGGCGGUAUCUUUGAGUUUCCCUGGAACUACUCUGGUAAUUCUGAUGCCAUUAACGUAACUGUCAGUAAACCUGUCAUUUUACAUGGAGUGCAGCAUCUUGGUAGUGAAGGUGGCAUAUACACAGUUUCAUUAGAAGUUAGGACGAAAGAUGGGACAAUUGGUGUGUCUCUGCUAAAACUGACGGGCAGGUAUUCCUCUGAGAAAGAUGAGACAAAUGACUACUAUGGAUUUGAUGUCAUGUUUGAUGUCCCAGUUUCCCUUGAGAGGGGCAAAACAUAUGAGAUUGUAUCACAUAUUGAGGGCCUGCCAUCGUGGCGUGUGAUAAACGGAAAGUACACGGAUGAAGUUGAAGGAAUCGAGUUUUCAUUUAGCAAUUCAUCGAUUUCUAAGAAUGGAACUGAUACCAACCGUGGCCAGUUUCCUGCAUUUAUUUUCAGCACAAAGUAA